AUGCCGCGCAAAGAUAGACGCGCCCGUGCCGCUGCACCGCCAAACCCCGUCCCCACGUCCUAUCCCGCAAAGAAGGAUGGCGGCGGCGGGAUGGACGAGGGCCCCUGGACCGCGUGCCGUGACAUGCUCGACGCGGUCUACAAGUCCAAGGAAGGAAGCCGUCGGAUGAGUGAUAUCUUCCGCGAGCUUCCCGACAAGGACGAGUGGGCCGACUACUACGAGGCCAUCCCCGAUCCAGAGUGCUUGGACAACAUUACGACUCAUCUCGGCAACCAAGACUUCAACGCGCCCGAAGAGGUGUUCAAGCAGCUGCACCAGGUCUUCCUCAAUGCCAUGCACUACAACGAAGAGUUCUCGCAGAUCUGGAACGACGCCAAAAAGUAUGAGGCUCAGAUUCACGAGGCGUGGAAGACCAACCAUGCCGCUGGCAUCUUUGCGUUUGACGACCCGUACCACAAGGCUGGCAAGGCCAGGCGUCCCAAGGUGCCCAAGGCUCCUGAGUUGCAAGACACCCCGGCCGAGGCCGCCACCCCGCCCGUCACGAUCCACUUGCGCGUGCCGGCCGUCCCUGCCGCUACUCCAGCUGCCCCAGCGCCUGCCGCAGCUCCUGCUCUAACCCCGGCACGGGCACCGGCACCGGCACCGGCACCUGCUCCGACCUCCUCUGGCAGGCCGCACCGCGAGACUCGCGGCAGCACCAAGCCGUCCGUCCCGCCUACACCUGUCAAGGUCAUGCCUCCCCGUGGCGCCAAGGAGGUCAAGCAAGAGGCUCCUGUGCUCCGUUCCGCAACGCACCUCCCCGAGGCCGAGCAGCGCAUUGUGGCUGCCUGUGACAGCAAGCUCCCUCGUUGGGAUGGCCCGCAACGAGUCCUUCCUGGCGACCCUGCUCCUGGAGGCGUGCUCGGCAGCGGCUGGUGGGGCGAGGGUGCGCCCGAGUUUGAGCGCAACGUCGGCGGCCAUGCCAGUUGGAAGAAGCGCAUCCACGCCGUUGCUGGUGCUGUCGAGGCGUACAAGAAUCCCCAGGGCCAGCGUCUCGCCGAGGUCUUCAACAGCCUGCCUCCCAAUGCCGAAAUUCCCUUCUUGUCCACCAACGCUCAGAAGAGCGCCUUGCCGUGGUCUGCGAUUCAGCAGCGCGCAUUGCAAGGGCAGUACUCGACGCUGCAUGACUUUGACGGCGACAUGACGCGCCUGUUUGAGAGGGCUCGUCGGUGGUUCCGCGCCACACCCGAUGACUUUGGCCGUGUGGUCACUUUGCAGCGCCUGUACAACGCUCUCACGGCGCCGUACCCUCUGCAGGUUCCUCCAAACGGUGUCAUUGGUCCCAGCCCGACCAAGUUUGCUUCGUUGCCCGCCGGUCCUGGUGUCGCGUGCUCGGUACAGGACAGGAACGAGGCAAUCCGCGCUGGCGCGAACCCAGAGCAGGUCGCCCUUGGUAUCACCACGUCCCACAUUGAGGUCAGGGACCGUUUGUUCACCGACGAGGCGCGUCACAAGGGUGUUGCGUACCGCGUCGGCGACUAUGUGCACCUGAUCAACCCCAACGAUGCGUCACGGCCCAUUGUCGGUCAGAUCUUCAAGACGUUUGUCCCCACCAAGGGCUACGCUACACACCACGUCACUGUCUGCUGGUACUUCCGCCCCGAACAGACUGUGCACCCCGCCGAGCUUGGCUUUGCCGAGAGCGAGGUGUUCAAGACGGCGCACUUCUGCGACCACCCGGUCGAGGACAUUCUUGAGCGUGUGGCGGUCCAGCCUACCGACAGCGCUAUGCGUGGCCGUCCAGCCCCCCCAGCAUUCUUCCCCGGCUGGCAGCUGUACGUCUGCAACACGCGCUACAUUGACAAGGCUGCCCUCUUCAUGCGGAUCAAGAAGUGGUCCAACAUUGUGCCCGAGUCGCAGCGUCACAUCGACGUCACGGCUGUUGUGCCUUAUGAGCGUCUGAUUAAUCUGCCCUCGACCCGCUCACCGUUCGCCAGCGGCGUCAAGGGUCCCGGUGGCAUCGGCCGUCCCCGUCGUCAGCCGAUGCCGACCGAUGAUGAAGAGGAGGAGGCUGCCAUCGUCUACUCUCUGAUCGCCCCGCCCCGACGACCGAGCGGUCCCCAGCCGGGCCACCCAUCGAGUCGCGGCUCGAUCCCCUCAAUGCCCGUGACUCCCCAGGCUCCAGUCAUGGCCCCUCGUCACCCGUACCCAGUGCAAGGCCACGCCAAGUCUCCCGCCGGCCCAUCACGCACGCCAUCUCACGGCCAGCAGGUCGCUUACGGCCAACAGCAGGUCCGUACGCCUGUUCAGCACCAGCAACAGCACCAGCAACACCCGCAGCACCAGCAGCAAGGCUGGAGGUCAGGACAGCCCGUCCCCGCACAGGCACACCACCCCCAGCAACCCGUGCGCACGUUUGCAUCAGUCAUGGGUGGUGCGCAGGUGCUGGAGCAGGUCGCCGUCCGUGAAUAUCUCCUUCCAGACACUGCCCGCCUGUUCGAGCAAGACCAGCGUCACCAGGUCCUCUGGUUCUCGGGCCCACCAGUGGCCCAGGGAGCCAUCAAGAUCCCAACCCCUCAGCCCCACUCGCUCGAGUACUUGACGUAUGUGGCGAAGCGGAAGAACGGGUCCAGCAAAGCCGACGCGCGACCGGGCAAGCGGUUCCGCAGUCCCAAGGAGGAGGAGGCCAAGGAAGAGAAGGAAGAAGCGGCAGGAGAGGACGAGCUCGCCGGCGAUCUCACGCGUCACUGGUGGGCUGAGGGUCAGACGGAGGAACAGGUCUUGGCGGGUCUCAAGGCGAUUGCACAGGGUGCAUAG